CUCUUUAGGUUUCGUGUUUGUUCACUCUAAAAAGGUCAUGAUGGACCUCAUGUUUCCAGUCAAGGAACCUGUGUGGGAAUGUUGGUGGAAAAGUGUCAUUUGAUCCAGGGAAAAGAGGGUCUUUUUUCAGGAAUAGGGGCAGGUGUAUGCAGGCUUUUGGCCACGUUGUGUACAAUAUUUGGAGUCCCAGAGAGUGAGCCGGUUCCUGGCGGCAGUGGGCGCUGUGGCGCGUGUAAGGCCGGGAGGAGCGGAAGCGGAGGAAGUGGCAGAGCGGAUCCCAUGUGUGUUAUGUGUUUUGUGAGUGUAAGUGAGAGCUUGUGGUGUGUCCUACCAGCGAGGCGCUGUAAGAGACCACUACUGGCGUACACUGACACACACACACAACCGAACCGAGCCGAGUGAAUGAGCCGCGCCAUUAUGCGUUCGCUGCGUGAUCAGGGAUGGAGGCGCCGCUAAUGCUGGGGAGGGGGGCCGGAGGAACUGCGAGCUUCGCCCUCAUCGUCGUCGUCCUCCUCUUCUCGACCAGGGGCUUCCGAGCUCAGAAAGGUGAUGGCUGUGGGCACACGGUGCUGGGCGUGGGAAGCGGCAGCCUGGCGUCUCUGGGCUACCCUUUCUUUUACCCGGCAAACUCCGUGUGUGAGUGGGAGAUUAGCGGGCGCGCCGGACACACACUCCUCCUGCACGUGGCGGACCUCGACAUCAAUACACACAACUGCCAGGUGUCCUACCUCCGGCUGUUUAAUGGUAUCGGAGCAGGCAGGACAGAGAUAGUGAAGUUCUGUCACGGAGACGUGAGCGGUCCGAAGGAGGUGAAUUCGUCUGGCCAUCAGGUCACGGUGCAGUUUAUGAGCGGCCCACGCAGCCUCGGGCGCGGCUUCUUCCUCUCCUACGCCAGCAGUCAGCAGCCAGAUCUGAUCUCCUGUUUGGAGAAAGGAUAUAACUUUACUGAGGCAGAGUUCAGUAAGUUCUGUCCUGCCGGGUGUCUGACGAACUUUGGCGAGGUGUCUGGGACCAUACCACAUGGCUACAGAGAUUCUUCUUCCUUGUGCCUGGCUGGUAUCCAUGCGGGCGUGGUGUCAAACACAUUAGGAGGCCAAGUCAAUGUAGUGAGCAGUACAGGAAUCCCGCAUUAUGAUAGCACACUGGCCAACAAUGUCACCUCUGUAGGAGGGAACCUCUCCCCCAGUCUCUUCACUUUUAAAACCAGUGGUUGUUACGGCACACUGGGCCUGGAGUCAGGGGUGAUCAGCGAGUCUCAGAUCUCAGUCUCCUCCGUUUGGGAGUGGGAUCAACAUGGCGACAAGCCUUCGGUGUGGGCACCUUCAGGGGCGCGUCUGAAAAAGCCCGGGCUUCCCUGGGCAGCUGCCAACAGCAAUGCAAAACAGUGGAUACAGGUGGAUUUAAAGAAAGAAAAACGAGUGACAGGAAUCAUCACCUCUGGCUCCACCUUACCCGAGUACCAGUUUUAUGUGUCCGCCUAUCGAGUGCACUACAGCAGCGAUGGACAGGAGUGGACAGCCUAUCAGGAAACAGGCUCAAAUCAAGACAAGAUUUUCCAAGCGAAUACAAAUUACCCUCAGGAAGUUCGGAACAACUUCAUCCCACCCAUUGAAGCGCGGUUUAUCAGAGUAAUCCCUGUGCAGUGGCAUCAGAGGAUCGCACUGAAAAUGGAGCUGCUUGGCUGUCAGGUAUCCACAGUGAGUCCACGAAUGUACAAUCCAGCUCCCGCUCCUCCGAAAAGAAAUACCAUACCUCCAUUACAGGAGCAGACAACACACACUCCCAAUAUCCGAAACAUCACCGUGCCUCCACACACUCAUAACGAGGUGGCGUUAGUGGCCGUGUUGGUUCCUGUGCUGGUUCUAACCGCUCCAGUGCUGUUGCUUGUGUGUGCGUGGCUGUGGAAGAGCAGGAAAAGUCCUGAGGUGACGUAUGACCUUCCACACUGGGACCGCACAGUGUGGUGGAAGAGCAUGAAGCAACUGUUGCCGUCUAAGCUGGAUGGGGAGGAGUGUGUGCGCUACAGCGCUACUGCUCGAGCUGAGCACCAGAGGCCACGUGCCGAACCAGCAGAAUAUGCUCAGCCUCUGGUAAGCGGUACCAUGGCCUCUCUGGGUCAGAGGUCAACAUUUAAGCCUGAAGAAGGAGCCGACCCUGAGUACGACGCCCCCUUGACCCCUGAGCAAUAUCACGCCUAUGCUGAACCACUGCCCGCCUCUGGAACGGAGUACGCCAUUCCCAUCACGAUCGACAGGGCCAAUCACAUAUCAGGAGGCACUCUGCCUUUCCGAGGGCAGGGUUUAGUAGCCGGGACGGACAGCAACCAAUCAGGGAGCUCCAUGUACGACACGCCUAAAAGCGCAUCCGAACAAAGCGCGCCUACAGACGGCCAAAUAUACCAGGUGCCUCAGAACUCCCACAGUGAACAGCGCCAGGAACCGACCAAACCCCCCGAAGCGUAGUGAAACGGACGAGUGUGCAUGUGUGAAAGUGCAUGUUUGUGCUUCUAGCUGUAUAUAGUUUCUAGUCUCCUCUGCAUGCCACAGCAGUCUUAUCACUGAAAUAACACCAGGAAUCUCGGCGUGAGAUGAGUCAGCCAGGGAGACUGUUACACUACUGUUUUAGGUCGUGUGUUUGUGCGUGAAUGUUCUUCACUGUUAAACUGUGAGUCCCUGCACAUUUUAUUUUCAUGCUGAGAGGAAUCAGUCCCAAAGUCUUAUGUGUAGAGUCUGUUUCACAACUUGGUGCAUGCUCAUGGUGGGUUACACUGUUUAUUUUUAUCAACAUUUUUAUUUCGGUUCCUGACACUUAAAAACAAAAAGACCCUUUUUCCUUCAUCGGGAAAUUUACAACUUCACCUUAGAUCGUUUCUCGCUCGGGUGCAUGUUCAGCAUUAAUAUCCUAUCCACUGGUAGGCUGUUCUACACAGCGGGGGAUGGGGGAACGGUACGUGAACUUACUUAAGCGUUCUUAUCACCGUCUAUGCGAAAGCAUGGUUUUUAUUUUUGUUUUUUUAGCGACUCACACCUCAAAAAAAUCUGUCACUGUUCUGAAAAUUUGUAUUUUUAUUUUUUUCUUCAUAUUACUUUUCCUGCUGAGAUAUGACAGCUAUGUGGAGUGCCAAAACCACUAGCAGACCGUGCCUAAAAUCUCCAGCGCUCAUGGAUGCACUGUUGUCAUAGAUACACUGUCGCCUUGGGGCGUCUUCGCCGAAUGUGACACUUUUCGUACUGAAGGAAAAUAACGUACGAAAUAAAGAUGCCACCAUUCUUGCCAUUAAGUAAGUACACCCGGCUGUAGUCUUCAACACUAAACAGUGGUGCACACUAGUAAGCAGUGUAACAUUUAUAUCAGACCAGAGGUUCAGUUUUGGGUGUGCUUUGUGCACACUCAUCUGUUCAAAGUGAUGUUUUGUUUUGUUUUUUUAAUAUCUAAUCGAUCAGCAGAUCUUCACUCAACCUGCACUCCGCAGAGCAUGAAAGUGUGUUUUAUGGUACCAACUAAUAUCAGUGCUACCGGUCAGAACCUUCAUCAUUAACCAAAGCAGAAUUUCACUUCACUGAGACUUGUGUGUAGGAUCCGUUUUUGUGUCUGGUUUAAUUUCUACAAGUUCUGAUGAUGUUGAUGCGGCUGAUUCGUUGUCUGUCAUGUGCACUGUAUUCAUAAGUUCUUUAGUGUGUGUGCGUCAUGUGUCUGUUUGCUAUUCACUGUAAGUGGCUUCUGAAAUAUGGUUUGUACUGUAGAAUGACUAAAGAAUGACUGUAUAGAAAACUGCAAAGUUUUAAUAAAAAAUAUGAUUACAAA